CAAAAACGUCACAUCCGUUGCUUCCAUGACGCAUGUAGAGCUUGCUUCACUCUCUGUCAAUGGUGUAAGAACAGAGUAAAUUUCUACAGAAAGAAAACGGAUUACUUAAUUACACAUACGAAACCAUAAUUCUACAGCUACUAGGGUAUCAUUGAAAUCAAUGAGCAUUUACAAUUGAGUACAAUUAAUUCCUGACAAAGGUGUGUAGUCGACGACAUUAUUCACGAUGUAUUCAAGAAACAGACCAAAUCAGAGCUAUGGCAAUGCUCGUGGCCUUAUGAACAAUCCUGGAAAUGGAGGAGCAUUUCCACCACCAAGCACAGCCUUAGUAGCUAUACAACAAUACCGAGGAGUACAACCAGCAGGGGAAUUUCCAGCCGUCACAAAUUCCACCAGCAAAUCAGCAGGGUAACUUUAAGCCCAAUCUUCAGAAUUCUCAACCAUUCAAGCCACAGCCUCCUUCUCAACCUCAACAGCAACAGCAACAGCAACAGGUAAUGAGAAACCCAAAUCAAAAUCAACAACAAGUGAAGAUGCCGUCGCAGCAACAACAGCCACCAUCUCUUCAACAACAGCAACAACAACAACCACCACCAUCAGUUCAGCAGCAACAACAGCAACCGCAACAACAACAGCAACAGCAGCAACAACAUUUACUUGUCCAACAACCUCCACAGCCACCGCGGCUCAAACCGAUUCUCAAACAAACUAGUAGUAUCCCUCCUAAUCCUGAACCCGCUGCUCCUGGUAAUACACCACAGCUUCCACCACCAGCAUCUACUCCUACACCCGCACCUGCACCAGUUAAUAAUGGUCAGGAAACUCAGAAUGACAAUACAUCAAUGGAGAGCGUAGACGCGGACACGCAAGAUGUGCCUAAGUGGAAACGGAGUAAAACACUUGGAUACAAGGUAAAUAGACGCCUCAAGCGACUGCGGAUGAAUCAACGAUUAAGGAAGACGCUGCAGCCAAAGAAUGCGAUAAUGGUACUAAAUGAAAUGAAGACUGGAGUUCAGUUUACAUUCCCAGAAACUCAAGCAAAUUCUCUCUUUCUCGUACAUGCUGAGAUCGAUGGUAAAACAUAUGUCGGUCAAGGGUUGUCGAAGCCUCUCGCACGGCAAAAUGCCGCGGAAAACGCUUUGAAGUGUUUGUUACUUGAAAAAAUGACGGCUGCAGCAAUGAAGGCUAGAAUCGAUGCUGAAACAGACGGACAGGCGAGUCAACCAAUGGAAACAACACCAUCUCCGUCUAAAGAAGAGAAUGUCGAGAAUAUGAUCGUUUCCACAGAACCCACUACGGAGGAAUCCGACGAGAUUCCUUGGAGUUCACUCGCCAGCUUUGCACUUUACAAGUUAUUUCUUGAAUGGCAAAAUCAGGGUACCGUUGUACCGGUUCCUAGACCUGGCGUGUCUCCAGGAAAGGUCAAGAAGGAGCAUAAGUCUCCCGUUCAAAAAGAACUUCCGUGUAAUGCAAUUAACAUUCAUCCUGUAAUGUUACUAAAUCAAAUGAGACCAGGUCUGACGUAUGUGGAAAUAAAUCGUGUUGGUAAUCCGCCUAACACCAUGUUUACUUUAGCUGUUGAUAUUGAUGGUGUCGAAUAUACUGGUGCAGCAAAAAAUAAAAAGGAUGCUAAGAAAACAGCCGCUAAAGCAGCACUGAGUGCUCUUUACGGUUUGACGUAUCCCGAGGAAGAUGUAAAAAUCGAACAGGGCGCAAUGGAUCACACGGAAGACAUCGCUAUAUGUUAAGAAUUACUAAUAUCUUUAUUAAGAAUUUUUAAUAUCUUCAUUGAUUUAUUCGUAUUUUGCAUGAGAUAUGAAUUUAUUGAAAGGCCACAGAGAAUAGAUGCAUGCGAUAUAUCAUAGUAUUGGAAAAGUUUUCCAUUUUGCUCAGAGCAGGAAACUGAUCUUUAUAAUGAAUAUAAAGUUUUACGUUAUUAAAAUUCAUCUAUAGACACGUGCGACUUUUAAUGGUUAAAAAUUGAAACUUAACCAUUUUCGCCAACAAAAUGAAAUUAUACUUAAAUGAUCUUUUUCAUAUACACUUUUAUUAAAAUAAUGCAUAUCAUUGAGCAUACUUAUACAAUGAUGGAAUUUAGGAACGACAACGACGUUAUUUGUCGGUAAUAGUCAGCCUUCACUUUAUCAAUUUCAUUAAGCAUUUUCUUAUCAUGUCAUAAUUUCAAUAAUGCAAGUAUUAUAAUUCAAGUGGUUCAUUGUUACCGUUUUAUCACUUAUUAAGGGGUUAGGCUACUGUAGCGGCGGAAAAAAUAGGCGUAUUUUGUGAAUUUUUUUCAACGGAACUGUGAAAUAAAUCUGAAUUACAAAAUAAGCUCUUUAUUAUACAAGUAAUAUACUAUAAAAAAAAAAUUUUUCAAAGCAAUACAUGUCAAAAUGGCGACUGCACAGCAUUUCUCCGACGACGCCUUUGUUUAUACGGCCGAAUCAGUACCUCCUGCAAUUUUUAAGUUACGAUGAAAAACCAAAGGUUUUCCGAUUAUUUAUGAUUGUAGCUGUAGAAGUACGUAGGAUUUUCUCGAUAUAUUGAUUAUUGCCAAAAUGGCGCAUUUCUAAGUCAAAAAGUAUACAAUGCCAUGAGAAAGUCGUCAGGAAAUUGUUUAUAAAAAAGGAACUAUGCAAUAUAAUGAAAAAAUUCUACGUACUGCCUUAGACAAUGUAAUUCUAAAUGUACAGUAAAAUUUCAAAUGAAUUGGUUGAAAUUUGUUUGAGGUAUGAGUUCGGUUGACUUAAAAAAUGUAGUUUUGAGAUAAACGCGUUUAAAGUUUGUAGGAAAUCAGGACAUGAAUAAUGUUUCAAUACCUAGAGUACGAAAAUCGAGUACUUAGGGUUUUUUCACGAACAUAAUCUUGUGGAAUAUAAUUCUAUAGAUAUUAAGGUACCUUUUUAUCUAAAAAAAAAUCGGUUUUUUGAAAAUCCUAUAUUGUCCUAACCCCUUAAAGUGAUUACUCUGCAAUGUAAGUUUUAUCAUGUAUAGUUUUUCAGAAUAUUACAGUAUUCUGGGCUAAAUAAAUUAGGAUCAAUCUGUGUGCAA